UCUCUCCUUCUCUCUCUGCCAAAAGAAAGAGUGAGAAAAAGAAGCGAGGCAAGGACGCAAGAAUCCAAAGUCCCCCGUCACCGAAACCAAAGGGAAGCCAAAGCGCACCUCCAAAGAUCCUCUGAUCUCCACGAUGCCUCCGGCCAAACCCUAACCCCAACCCCCCAUUCUUAUUCCAAUCUCCGUCACUCACUCUCCUACCCCCAUGGCGGAUCCCGGCGGCUGGCGAUCCGCCCCCCGCCCGAAGAAUUCCGGCCUCCGACGGGCCUGGUGCUGCCCCUUCGGCGCCGCUCACCGCAGCCCCGACCGCCGGAGCUCCCCUCACUACCAUCACCAUGAACCCCCCUCCAAGCCUCCCCAGAAGCCACCGCCCUUCGCCGGUGGCUCCUUCCACGGCUCCCCUUCUCCCAGCAACAAGCUCGGACUCGGCAUCAUCGACCCCCGGCGGAUCCUCUCCCCCGGCCGGGUCUCCCCUAUCGACUCCGAUGCGCCCCUCGGCCAGCUGCCGGAGAUCGCCGACGCCGCCUCGAUCGCCAACGCGGCUGUGGAGUCGGAGCCGGAGAGCUCGGAUCCGCUUCCAAAGGAGCGAUCUUUGGUUCCGGAGAGGCCGGUGGCGGAGAAUGGGGCUGGUUUGAAGGAGGGAUCUUUGGAUUUGAGGCUCAGCUUGAAGGGAAAGGACGGGAGGUGCUUGGUGUGGGAGCUGGAUUCGGAGGUCCUGUGCGAGAGCAGUGCAUUUUUUGCCUCCAUGGUUCUGAACUCUGGCCAGAAUGUCUCGGAUGCUUUGGCUGAUUGCCGGAAGAUAGAGGUUACUGGUGUUGAGGAUUUGGGUGUUUUCGGGGAGACAAUAGAGCUGAUGUACGAGAAGGAUGCAACGAGGUGGCUCAUGAAAGCCGGAAUCUCCCGAGCCAUUGACGUACUUGAGGUAUCUUCCACGAUCAUGUUUGACAGAGGUAUCACAUCAUGUUUGAAGUAUAUCGAGGCUGUUCCAUGGAGUGAGAAGGACGAGGAGAAGCUGAAGAGCUUGUUUGCAAGAUACACAUUCGAUGAAGCAAUUUCUCAAGAUGUACUAGCCAGGUUAUUCCCACGAGGUCCAAACCAGUCUGAAGUUCUAGCUCUGCAGCUCAUACGGUCUGUUGCAAAUGGAACUAAUAGUAAUGCAAGGAAGGAGAUGCAGUUCUUUGUAAGUGGCCUCUUAUCGAAAAGCUCAGUCUAUCAAAAGGACCCCGCUGGUCUCAAUAAGGAGAGCCUGUACAGCAUCUGUCAAUCUUGUUUGAACUCACUGGUGGAGCUCUUUGAAGAAGCCUCCAACUCUGGUCCGGUAAAUCAGAUGGCAAUAACAAAAGCAACAAAGCCAUUGAUCGAGCGAGUCUCUAAGCAAGUGGAGAACAUUAACUGGCUGCUAGAGAUUCUUGUAGACAAGCAGAUGGCAGAAGAUUUUGUGUGCUUGUGGGCAAGACAAGAUGGAUUGAUCAGGAUGCAUGGCAUGGCAUCACCAAUGGUGAGAUACGAGCUCAGUCGCAUCUCGGCGAGUCUGUUUAUUGCACUAGGAAGGGGGAGGUUGCAGUGUGGGGGCAACAUGAGAUCCAGUGUCCUCAGGGCAUGGUUUGGACCUAUGUUGGUGGACUUCGGUUGGUUGCAGAGAUGCUCAAAAGGGUUGGACAUGAGGAUGUUGGAGGAGAGCCUGGGCCAAGCUCUCCUUACCCUUCCAUUGAAGCAGCAGCAGAGCUUUUUUGAGGAAUGGUUUCGAUGUUUCGUUUGCCAUGGCACUGAAUGUCCAAACCUGGGCAAGGCUUUUCAGGUAUGGUGGCGAAGGUCAUUUGCUGUAAGGUCCUCGGAAGCGCACAGCCAUGCUUCUUAAAUCCUUUCAAUAUUUGGUUUGCUGUGUGGAUGUAAUACUAGUGUCGUUUUAAGAUGAUUAGAGGUGAAUCAUGUAAUCAUAUUUUCUUAAAGCACCUAUUUUCUCCUGCGUC